CUUCAAUUUUUACAAUCCUGCAGAUGGUAUCUGAAGACCGCGCUACAGAUGGCUUAUCGAGAUGAAAGUCUUUUGAAAGGUCUAGAAAAAAUUGCAUAAAAAAGUGUUAAUAAACCGGGAAAAAGGAGCAUGUUUUACGGCUACUCAAAAUGUUCCUUUCUUUGCCCUCCUCCCAACAGCUUGCGAUGGUCGAAAGCAACCUGCAGAGCCUGUAAACCUAGUCAACCUUUGCCAGUAUAUUUUAUCACAGGAUACUUUUUCUUUGGAGCUCAGCUAUUUGACCCUAGCAAUUAGGAGGGGUUUUAAAUCAGCACAAAACUGGCUGGCAGAGGCACGAAGUACAUGGGCUGGUGUUCCACGAUCUGAGGCUAAUUCUCUGGCUGUCGUAUCUGGGAAAAAAAAAGGAGAAAAAAGGUGUUUCACGGGGAGAGACGGAAGGGAAAAUGACGUUGUCUCUCACUUUCUCGUGCCCCCUCGUUGCGUUUGCGGUUGGUGACGCUUUCGCGUUGUGCUGUGCUGCGUGAGGAGGGAGGGGAGGGGGAUGUGCUUGCUAAUUUUAGCCGGGCGAGAGGUCAAAGGCGAAGGAGGGAGAAUCGCGCCGGCAUCGGAAGGAAGGAAGGAAGAGGUCAGAGAAGAUGUCGAAGUCGACUGAGUGAGAGCAUGCAGGCAUGAAUUCGGGUUCUCCGCAGAGGGAAAUGUCGCUUACGUCAAGACGCGAACCCAAGGGAGUGCGCUGGAAGACGAAAGCGCGAGGGGCGAGGGGCGAGGGGCGGAGACGUGAAUGAUCAACGCACGCAUUCACGAAGGGAGGGAGAAAUUACAAGGCCCAGGGAGCGGAGAGGCGAGGAGAAAAAAGUUUACGGCGCUGUAAUUGAGGCGGGAUUGGGGAUUGAGGAUUGUAGGCCGAGUGCCAAGUGCAGCGGUGGGAGGAGAUGUCAAAGGAGGGAGGGAGGGAGUCGGGCUGUUUGUUUGAUGGACAGCGAGAGAUAAGGCUGGGCGGGGAAAAGCUGGAGUCAGAUAAGACGGGAGCGAAUUAUUGAGUGCGGAAAAGCUGUUUCAAGAGCAGGUCACUUAGUGAAACAGGGGAAAUGGAGACUAUGAACAGGACGGUAGGAAACAGCAUCAAGGAGGGUCGUAUGUGGCGUGAUAGUGGCCCUUGGAAGAGAUGCGGCGUAUGCCUGCAGGGAGGGCAGGCAUGUUGGUGGGAUGGACGAGAAAACAGGGAGCUGGGUCACAUCCCGCUAGACAGUGCCGGGCAGGGCAGGGCAGAAGUGGCCGGGGACGAUGAUGAGGUGGAGUUUCUGUCCGAUCGAUCCAUUGUGGAUUGCUCCGGCUUCUGAGUUUCAAGACGCCGGACCUUCGAGAGGAUCGGCGUGGGUUUCACAAGCUAGUCAUUCUGAGAUGGCCCCCGGAGCGAUGAGGAAGAGCGAAAAGAUCUCUGAACAUUUCGAAUCUGUCGGAUGUUGAUUCUCUCCCCUAUCGAGAUUUUCGUGUCACUGGUACAAGCAAAGCUUUCCGAAUGGAGGCGUCUGUUUGUGGUGGAUCGUCCGAGAAUUUUGAGAUUCUGAGAUAUAAAGGGGAGUCGAACAUCUUGUUGCGUGUUGCGUUGUCAUGAUGCCCGUCCCCGCAACUGAGAGUUUCGAAGAGAGCAGGGACGUGCCCUGCCUCUGUGGGAAGGAACAGCAGGCAAAUCUGCUUUCAACCUCUGCAGAUCUUGUGACACCAAUCGUGCACAUUUGACACAGCAGUGAAAACUUUCCGCCAAUGGCUUCUGUCCCGGAACGAUUCACUGCUCAAAAUUUCCAGCAGAGGGAAAUCUACGAGCGAAUUCUAGGCCCCUGCAGAAGAAAAACGGCUUUGUACAAUAGUCAUUCAUCCUCGGCUGGGACCUCCACCUUUUGUAAAAAUGUUGCCAAUUUUGCACCAUAUCAGUGCACACAUCCGGUGCUCUCUCCCAUCUUUGUACCUUCUUCUAGGGAGAUGGAGCACUCAUUCAUUGUAGAUUUCAUGAUGGGGGGAGCAUCAGCAGCUGUUUCGAAAACCGUUGCCGCUCCGAUCGAGCGAGUGAAGCUCUUGGUCCAAAAUCAGGGAGAGUUGCUCAAGACUGGUCGCUUAGUCGAUCCAUACAAGGGCAUUGGAGAUUGUUUCAAAAGAAUUAUGAAAGAUGAAGGCCUACUUGCCUUUUGGAGGGGUAAUUUCACUAACGUCAUACGAUAUUUCCCAACUCAGGCUUUCAAUUUUGCCUUCAAGGAUUAUUUCAAGAGCCUCUUUGGUUACAGUCAGGAGACGGAUGGUUACUGGAAAUGGUUCGGUGGAAAUUUGGCUUCUGGAGGGGCAGCCGGUGCUGCUUCUUCUCUUUUCGUGUACUCUUUGGAUUACGCUCGGACUCGACUAACCAAUGAUGCGAAAAGUUUGCAAACUGGUGGCCGCCGCCAGUUCAACGGGCUCGUCGAUGUCUAUCAAAAAACAAUUGCUUCGGACGGAGUUAUUGGAUUGUACAGGGGUUUCAACGCUUCUAUCGUUGGCAUUGUUGUGUAUAGAGGGCUCUACUUCGGAAUGUACGACUCUGCGAAGCCAGUACUUUUGGUGGGAUCCAUGGAGGAUAGCUUCAUCUGCAGUUUUCUCCUUGGUUGGGCUGUUACUACUGCGGCUGGCAUUGUUGCUUAUCCUUUUGACACGGUCCGGCGAAGGAUGAUGAUGACCUCGGGUGAAGCUGUGAAGUACAAGGGCACUGUCGAUGCCUUCAGGCAGAUUGUGGCUAAAGAAGGAGUAACAGCUCUUUUCAGAGGUACAGUUGCGAACAUCUUGCUUGGUAUUGCUGGAGCAGGCGUCCUUUCAGGUUAUGACCAGCUUCAGCUCCUUUUUUUUGGAAAAGCCUACGGCUCAGCAUCUGGCAGGUGAAACACCUGCAAGAAACACCUCAGUUUGGGAGCGGAACAGAAGAGUGAAGGAGGAGCAGAAAGUUGAAGUUUCCUGUCACGAUUUCUCAACUUCUUCCAUUUAUCCAGUUUUUGACAGACUACCCUUGGCAAGCGGAAAUGGCUUGAAAUUCUUAAUUUCAAGCUAUUUGAGUUCUAUCAAAGGGAUCUUCAGGCAUAGAUUGUUCGUCGAUAUUCCCCAAACACUGGAGGUGACAUCCAUGUCCGGACAGCUUGUACAGAUGAUCGUUGGCAGCAAAGGAUGCUUUGUAUUCACGAUUUGAGUUGAGAAUGGUGACAGAAUUCAUUUUUUGAGUCUUGCAUGACGCAAAGGCUUUAAGGUUCCAAUGAAGGCUGUGAUGUUGUACCAUCGAACUUUGCCUUCUUUCUUGUAUCAUAGGUUAGGAUAGGGUCAUCUCUGUAGCGAAGAAGAACGGAAGUAUCCAAAGAGGACAGAAAAGAUUUGUUACUUAUUAUGAGACAGGACGCAUUACUACUUGAUAUUACGAUUCCACUGUGAUGACAUUCUUCUUAAAGUUUAAGGCAAGUUUAAACCUAGAUGUCCUUCUGAUAAAUGCUUGAAAAACCUACGAAAUCAGGUUGGACUUUACCCUGG